UCUGGAGGUUGAAGUUGAGGGGUCACGUUGGCUUACAGUAGCUGACAUGAUGCAGGCAGAACAGUAGAGACCUACAGCCACCUGUCUGUGGAACUCAACAGGAGCCGAAUCACCGUUCAGACAAACCCUCAGAGAGGAAGGGUAGAACCUGUCAUUAGGAUCCCUGGAUGCCCGCCGGUGCCCUCGCCCUGGCCGUACACGCAGACUCAAUGGCUAUCAGCUGACCCCUCCCCCCAGGAUGACGGUGAGAGAGCGGCUUCGGCAGAACAUCUCGGCCGCCUUCUACCGGCACGGCCUACUAUGUGCCUCCUACCCGGUUCCCAUCAUUCUCUUUACCUCUGCCAGCAUCCUGACCUGCUGUUACCCUUUGCUGAAGCUGCCUCUGCCAGGAACAGGGCCUGUCGAGUUCACCACUGGAGUACGAGAUUACUCUGUCCCAUCCCAUGAGUCUCAGGGCGACCUGUCGGAGCGCCCUGAUUGGUAUCGGGGUCCUCCGGUGGCCUACAUCCAGCAGGUUCUGGUCAAGGCAGCAGUUUCACCAUGGGACAAUAGUCUGGUUCCUGUGGACGUGUUCCGCUCUCCCCUUGGGCGCGUUUUUAGUCUCCUGGAGGAGAUCAGAAACCACGUUUACACAGACAGAAGUUUGGAGGCGCUAUGCUUGCAGGUAACGGACCUGUUGCCAGGGUUGCGGCGCAUGCAGGCGGUCCUUCCAGAGCACGGCUGCCUGCUGGUAUCCCCUGGCAACUAUUGGCAGAACCGGCGUGACCUGUUUGAUGCAGAUCCAGACCUCCUGAAGACAGUCCAUCAACAUGAACCCAAAGGCCUUCAUACUUCAGCCACUCUGAAAGAUUUACUCUUUGGUGUCCCAGGGAAGCAGACGGGUGUAAGCCUGUACAGCAAGAAGAGAGUGGUGACAUACACCAUCACAAUUGCACUAAGCUCCUAUGAUGCAAGGUUUGUAGCCAGUCUCAGAGCCCGUCUGAAACAGCUUCAUCCUUCAGCGAACUGCACUCUGCGUGAAGACCACAUGGUGCACGUCCAUUUCAAAGAGGAGAUUGGCAUCGCUGAGCUCAUCCCUCUGGUCACCACCUACAUUAUCCUCUUUGCUUAUAUCUACUUCUCCACCCGAAAGAUUGACAUGGUGAAAUCCAAAUGGGGCUUGGCGCUGGCUGCUGUGGUGACUGUUCUCAGCUCUCUGCUCAUGUCUGUGGGACUCUGUACCUUGUUUGGCCUGACGCCCACGUUGAAUGGAGGGGAAAUCUUCCCUUACCUUGUGGUGGUAAUUGGUCUGGAGAAUGUCCUUGUCCUCACCAAGUCUGUUGUGUCAACGCCUGUCGACCUUGAAGUUAAGCUGCGUAUUGCUCAAGGUCUAAGCAAUGAGAGUUGGUCCAUCAUGAAGAAUAUGGCAACUGAACUGUGCAUCAUCCUCAUUGGAUACUUCACAUUUGUACCAGCAAUUCAGGAGUUCUGUCUGUUUGCUGUGGUCGGUCUGGUGUCCGAUUUCUUCCUGCAGAUGUUUUUCUUCACCACUGUGCUGUCUAUUGACAUCCGCCGCAUGGAGUUGGCUGAUCUGAACAGGCGUCUACCGGCAGAAGCGGGGAUGCCUCCACCGAAACCGGGCCCUUUGCGUCCACGAGAGACACCUCCGCCCCCCCGCCCUUCUCCCCACACCAUCACCCUUCAGGCUCCUGCUUUCCGGAACCUCCGCUUGCCCAAGAGGCUCAGGGUGGUGUACUUCCUAGCCCGCACUCGCCUGGCACAGAGAAUCAUCAUGGUUGGCACCGUAAUCUGGAUUGGGAUCCUGGUCUACACGGACCCUGCUGGUCUGAGGACUUUCCUUGCUGCCCAGGUGUCAGAGCAGAGCCCUCUUGGGGAGGCGGGGCUUCCUCCUCAUUUGGGCGUUGCUCCAGUAUUUCCUGGUGGAGGUCCAACCAGCACACUGAGCGUGCUUCCUGCCCCUGAACCCACUCCCCUACCUGAAAACCAAUCCCAGGGUCACAGAGCAGCCCGUCCAGGAGUUGCCCCUGUGUCCAGCCCCCAGAUCACUUGGGGCCCUGAGGAUGAGGAGUUGUGGAGGCGGCUUUCUUUCCGCCACUGGCCCUCACUCUUCAGCUAUUACAAUAUCACUCUUGCAAAGAGGUACAUCAGCAUUCUUCCAGUCAUCCCUGUCACGCUCCAUCUCAGCCCACAAGAGGCCAUAGACACACGCCAUCCCCAGGAUACACACCAUGCUCCUCCUCCCAGCAUCAAGACCUCGGAUCUGCAGACAGACCUCACACUCUACAAGGUGGCAGCUCUUGGACUUUUCGCCGGAGUGGUGUUAGUUCUCUUACUCUUCUGUCUGUAUCGUGUGCUCUGCCCUCGGAACUACGGGCAGAACGGGGUGCCCCAUGGUCGCCGUCGCCGUGGAGACCUGCCCUGCGAUGAAUAUGGCUACUCGCCGCCAAUCAGUGAAAUUUCCCCUCUCCUGCUGAGAGGCCACAGCAUGGACAUUGAGUGUCUGGCCAGUGAUGGCAUGCUGCUGGCCAGCUGUUGUCUGGCGGGACAGAUCCGUGUGUGGGACGCACAGACCGGAGACUGUCUUACUGUUAUACCCAACAAUGGUCUGCGCAGGAGCAGCAGCAGUGGUUGUUGGGAGCACCGUGAUGGCUUGGAUCACAUAAGUGCUUGUGAGGCCGAGAGCCUCUUGGGGGCGGACUUUCGGGAACCAGGAGGAGUAGCGAUGGGAGGGCCAGAUGUAGAUAUUUUCCCAAUAAGGAGAAGGACCACCCCUGCACGCCCUGCCAUGUUUGGGGACCAGCCAGACCUCACCCCUCUCAUCGACACCAACUUUGGGUCACUGCCCCCAUCUCAGACUUUAAGCAGCUCUGGCUUUGAUUUUGGGGGAUUGGUGGAGAAAGCAUACCAGGAGCAUGAGCCCUCACCAACACUGGCCUUCCCACCUUCUCCUCCGGCUUCACAGCAAAGGCGACGUAGCCUCGGGGACCAGCCUGUCUUUCCACUAGAGCUCCCCCCGCAGUGCAAUGGCGACUGGGACAGCUCAGUGUGGGCCAUGGAGCUGAGGGGUAACCUCAUUGCCACGGGCCGCAGCAGCGGAAAACUGGAGCUGUGGGAUGCAGUAGAGGGAUCAUUACGGUGCUGUAAUGAAGAUGGAGUAUCUGGAAUCACUGCCUUGGCUUUUCUUAAUAACAGAAUUGUGGCAGCUCGUUUAAAUGGCUCACUGGAUUUCUUCACAGUGGAGAUCAACAAGCCUCUGGGGUUGCUGCAAUAUCGUGGACCCCCAGGCCGAGGCAGUCUGCCCCCCUCCCCCUGUUACAGCAGCGAGGAUGUGAUCAGCUGUCAGCUGACGCGCUCAGUGCAGUGUGCCCACCAGAAGCCCAUCACUGUGCUCAAAGCUGCCGCUGGCAGAGUGGUCACCGGCAGCCAGGACCAUACAGUCAGGGUGUAUCGUUUGGAGGAUUCUUGUUGUCUCUUCACCCUGCAGGGCCACUCAGGUGGCAUAACUGCCAUUUACAUAGACCAGACCAUGGUUCUAGCCAGUGGGGGCCAAGAUGGCACCAUCUGCGUGUGGGACGUCCUAACAGGCAGCCGGGUGAGCCACGUUUAUGGUCACCGUGGUGAUGUCACCUCAUUGGUUUGCACAACUUCCUGUAUCAUUAGCAGUGGGUUGGAUGACCUCAUUUGCAUUUGGGACCGUAGCACAGGCAUAAAGCUGUACUCCAUACAACAGGAGGUGGGCUGUGGGGCCAGUCUUGGGGUGAUCUCUGAAAGCCUGCUAGUGACGGGAGGACAAGGUUGCGUGUCGUUUUGGGACCUGAACUACGGGGACCUGCUGCAGACGGUGUACCUGGGCCAGAGCAGCGAAGGUCAGAGCGUCAGGCAGCUCCUGGUUCUGGACAAUGCCGCCAUAGUCUGUGACUUUGGUAGUGAGCUCAGCCUAGUCUACGUGCCCUCUGUUCUGGAGAAGCUGGACUGAUCACACACACACAAACAGCAGCCCACAGAUUUAGUGAAUUUUCAGAGUGGCCGGCACAAAAGCACUCACCCUUUAACCUGUAUCACCGCAGGUUCAUUACAGACGUGAAUGAUGUUUCUCGUGUCCUCUCAUGUACCACCCUACACUUAGUAGGGAGGGAGUGGCCACUUUCUACAACAUCUGAACAGGAUGCAAAUGCAAAACCUGAUUGUUUGGUGUUCAGUAGGCCUCUGAUGCUCCAUCAAAGCAUUUUGUACUUUUGGUAGAACAUCAUACAGAAUAGUCUGUGUAUGAAUCCAGACAGAAUUGCAUAGCUGCUGACAUUGAGAGGUGGCUCACUUGGCCUGCCUUAAGAUGUCUGUUUGUGUGUAUGUUAACAAGCUCACGAUGAGAAUGCCAGGCCGCCCAGCCCAGAAACUCUCAACUGUGUGACAGCUAGAGGUGAGAGAGUUCACAAUAAUAUGUUUGCAGAGGGAGAAGAGGAACGAAAGGUGGUCGUUGGGGCAGAAAAAUGCAUAGAUAUUUCCUGCUGAAAGGAGUAUGUUCUUUGUGUGCAACUGUGUUUGAGUGUUCGAAUCUUCAGAAGUGUUCAGGUCACGUUGCACCCCAUAAUCAAAAGAAUUCUUUGAGGUUUGAUUAAAGACUCAAAGCUUGAACAUCUUAGCAACCGCAUAGAAAUUCCACUUGCAACCUUGCAUAAAGACAGUAAACCUAUUUUAGGACCAAUAUAUAUAUAUAUAUAUAUAAUUAUUAUAAUUUUUUUUUUUUUUUAUCUUAAUGACAAUUAAACAGCCCUUAUAUAUAGUUAUAUAAAGUUUUUUUUGUGUGUAUGUGUAAAAUAAUUUGUAAUGUAAAAAAAAAAAAAAAACCUUUUAAAGAAAAAAUGUUUUCUCACCUGUAAGUAUAUUUACAUGAUAGUAUUUGUUAUACUGAAUUUUUUCAUUUAAAAAAACUAAUUAUGGAUGAUUUUUACAAAGUUUAUAUAUAUAUAUAUAUAUUUUUUUUUUUUUUUUUCCUUUUCAUAUAUUUAUAUUUUCAGUAUAGAAAAUUUGGGAGGGGGUGCUUAAUUGUCAAAAAAUAUCACAAUGCAAAUAAUGUUUAUGAUCUUUAAAGCAGACCUCAGUUUCUUUUUGCAACAUACUUAUUUUCUUUUGAUUUUGGGGUGAAAUUUGAGCUGGAUGCUGCGUUUCUGUGAGUGGUUGUGUUUGUAAGAGCAUACUGUAUACGUCUGAAUCUCUGGGAUGGGGGGGGGGUCUGUUUUUAAUAUUGAAAUCAAUUAUUUAUUAGUGAAAUUUCUAACAAUUUGUAUGAAACUUGGCUUAUAGAUAAGCUAAAGUGGCGACGUGGUCAUACAUUUUAAUAUACAAGAAAAGCUUUGACUAACUUACACCGAAAUAAUAUGAUUAUGUUGAUCAAGUCAGUUUCUGACAGGUGUCAGGCAGCAAGAAGGGUGGCUAGAGAAAAGAGAAAGGGAGAUGUUCUCAUUCCAGUCCUGCCUUAAACACAUGAAAAAUGUUCCUUGGCACAUGUUGUGAUGUCAAAUCUGUUUCCUGAAAUCCUGAAUGAACAUUUAGUAGGGUUAAUGUCUACAGCACCUGUAUGCCAGGUGCAUUUUUAGCUAAGCCGUCAGUACGAAUCACCCAAAGUCAUUGUAAAUGCAACAGAUGAUGAACACCUCUGAUGGAGUUUGAUGCCUCUAUGUGCUGAAAAGUGAUGGACAGGGCUGCUUUUUAUUACUAGAUGUGUAUAUUUUCUUAUUUUCCUGUAUUAAAAUGUAUUUUCUGUUGUAGAGCCAUGAUCAGUUUACAAGUUUCACUGAGAUUGUUGACCAUUAGUUGUUACUGUAUAUUUGGGCCCGGUUUGUAAGUGUGUGUGUGUGUGUGUGUGUGUGUGUGUGUGUGUGUGUAUGAUAAAACAUUAGUAUAUCCAAUCCAGCUCUGCAGAAACAACACUAAUGUAUGCAUUGGUUUGGCCAAAUUUUUCAUAUAGCCAUAGCAGUCAACCAAUUUUGUGAUUUAUUUUUCAGGACAAAUGCACACAUUCGUGAGAACUGAAAUUUGAAAUGUUAAAAUGCACUGAGAGACGACUUUAGUUUCAUAGACAGCAGAGAUUUAAAUAUGCUUAAUUUACAGCAUUUUCUACACAUCAUUUAAGUUUGUCUGAAUGUGCAUUCCACAUUAUUAUUAUUAUUUGUUUUUUUUUGCAUUUUGAUUUAUGGUUUGGUAAGAAAAUCUACCAAAAGUAUCCCCAUUUUCAAUGCAAAUGAGCCUUAGGUGGUUUUUAUUGCACUUUAAAACUUAUCCAUUUGAAACAUGAUGCUUUUUACUUUAAAGAUUAAGGAGUUUGAUACCCUUGCAUAUUGUUGUUUUAUAAAUUCCCCCUAUUGUUUUGAUUUUUGCAACAACAUAGCUAUAGUCCCCAAAACAAUUGAAACCAGGAAAAUGAUAUUCUAUCUGAACAAGUCAAUAGAAAUGCACAUGACUCCGUUAUUAGCCGUUUUACGAAUGUAAUUAUUAGUUAAUAAUGUUGAUGAGAGAACUGGUGUUUAAUUAGUUAAUUUUAUGAACUACACGCUUGAAACCAUGUAGUAGCAUUGGUCAAAACAAUUGUACUACUUUUUUUUUUUUAAGUAUAUGUAUGUGCAUUUUCAGUGGGUUUGUGAUUGUGGCAUUGAUAUGGCUGACGGUUCAUAGGACCAGCUGGUCUUACAGACUGUGCAGCUGAUGUCUGUAGAGCAAGGAUGCUCAAAUCUUGUUUAAACAUGAGAGAAAUAGCAAAAAGCAAUCAUUUUCACCAUGAAAUGAUGUAUGGCCAGUUAUCGCUCAAGAACAAAUGUAUGGCUAGCAGCUGGCAAUAGUUCAAAAUUAUUUAUGAGUGGUUAAAACCUGUCACAUGAUGAGAUUAAGCAUUAACCACAUGAGAACAGAGUGCUGAGAGAAGACAAUGAUUUAUAAUCAUUUCCGUGACCAUACUGAAAAGCACCAUUUACUUGAUGGCAGGGUUGCUGCCACAUACAAUGGCAGCCGUUUUAUUGUUAGGAGUGAAAUAGCACCAAGCUCCAUUGUGUUGAUUUUACUGCUCGCUCUCCCUUUCCAGAGGAGCACAUUCCUAGACAUGAUCGAUGCAUGCGGUAUUGAAGUGAAAUACUGCUCUCAACUUGCUGUAUCUUACUGCUGCUGAAGUAGAGGUGGAGGAUGUUUAAAGUGAUGUGAAAUGCCUGAAUGUUGCACUGUUUCUUAAGAUGGGGUGGGGGCAGAGAGAGACUGGGUGUAAAUAUUGUUUUGUCUUCUUUUGGGGGGAGGGUUAUACUGCUCUGCCCUCUUCUCGGUCUUUCCCAAAUACACUACACAGUGUAAACAGACAGUAGAGGAUGUAACUAAUGCUCUGUUCUAUUUUUAACACAGGAAAAAAAAAAACUUUGUACUAAUUCGCA